AUGCAGUUUACAGUCAAUCAUCGUUUAUUGAAAAACAAUUGCAUAUUAUUCUUAGCGGGAUUUUUUCUUUUCGAAUUUAUUUAUAUAUCAUUUGUAAAAAGAUAUGAUAAUCUAUCAUCUGAUAUUAAUUUUUCUCAGUUAACAAUUUCAUCCGAAAAAAUCGAUAAUAACAAUAAUCAUUUGUCGAAAAAAAUCUUUCGAUAUCUACAACCACACUAUCAUUCUGUUUCAUGCCAAAAUUUAUAUGAACAUGAUUAUAAUGAAUUUAAGCAUGCUCUUGCUCUAUUAUCUGAUUUAAACAAUUUAACAUCAGUACCUGAUCAACACUACAAUAUAACAAAAGCGCAAUGCUCAAUUUAUCGUUCAGAACGUUUCAAUGAGCCAUAUCAUCAUGAAGAUUCGUUCGUUAAUCGACAAUUUCCACUAGCAUUUACUAUUCUUAUGUAUGAAAAUGUUGAACAAUUCGAACGUUUAUUGCAUCUUAUAUAUCGACCGCAAAAUUUUUAUUGUGUACAUGUUGAUAGCGAUGCAUCGGCAAAUGUUUUACAAGCGGUGAAGUCUAUCAUUCAAUGUUUUAACAAUAUUUUUCUAGCAAGUAAACAAGAACGAGUAUUAUAUGCAACAUUUUCUCGUUUGCAAGCUGAUCUGAAUUGUAUGCAAGAUCUAAUGAAAUAUCCAUCAUGGAAAUAUGUAUUAAAUGUUGCUAAUACAGAAUUGCCAUUAAAAACCAAUGCUGAAUUAGUUAAGAUCCUAUCAAUUUAUCGUGGAUACAACGACAUUGAAGGACGCUGGAAAACAAAGAAUAUUGAACGAACAGAAUAUGUUUGGCAAAUUUUCGAUACACCUACAGGAAAUAAUCAGCAGGUACCACAAUUAAGAAGAACUAAUGAGAAAAAGACAUCACCACCAGGCAAUGUCGAAAUUGUUAAAGGAUCAGCUUAUGGCGCUUUUUCACGAGCAUUUAUUGAAUUUGUGCAAACAAGUCCCAUAGCAAAAGAACUAUUAGAUUGGUCACGUGAUACAUACAGCCCAGACGAACAUUAUUGGGCAACAUUGAAUUAUAAUACACAUUUAAACUCUCCAGGAGGUUAUAAGGCAAAAAGUGAUCCAACCAAUUGGACAGCUCGUUUUGUAAAUUGGGGCGAACAAAAUUGUUAUGGACGUAUAAUACGUGGUAUUUGUGUAUUUGGUAUAUUUGAUUUACCAAAUCUGCUGAAUCGCCAUGAAUUAUUUGCAAAUAAAUUUCAUUUAAAUGCUGAUCCAAUUGCUUAUCAAUGUUUAGAAGAGCUAAUAUUGAAUAAAUCGAAACUUGAUUUACCUUUAAAUGAUGCAAUAUUUUAUCGUCACAUGCCUUUUUUGUUGCCUUCUUAA